ACUUCCUGACGUUUGGUCUACCGACAACAUUGGCGUCCAUUUGCGUGCCACGACCACCACACGCAUCAUGGCGGACACAGCAGAGGCCGCUCCCGGUCUGACAUUCCCAAGAGACACAUUCGCCAGCUUGGCGCCGAAGCCUUUCCUGCUCUCACAUCUCAAGCUACCCACACCGACACGACCGAGUGGAAGGUCGCCCGAGCAAUUUCGCAAGCCUACAAUCAAUACCGGAUCGCUGUCGCACAGCAACGGCAGUGCAGUCAUUCGUGUUGGAGAUACCGCAGUGGUAUGCGGUGUACGGGCCGAGGUCCUUCUUGCUUCCGACAUUCCCAAUCCGCCCGGCGAUGAUGUUGACGAGAAUGAGAUUAUUGAGCAUCUAGGCCUGAUUGUCCCGAAUCUGGAACUCAGCACUGGUUGUUCUCCAGCACAUUUGCCAGGAAAUGCACCAGGCUCCGUUGCGCAAUCGCUGUCUUAUCGCAUUUCGUCCCUCUUGAACGACUCCGGCGCCAUAAAUCUGAACGACCUUCGCAUUGACUACGUGCAGCCAGCCAGCGACGACGACACGAUAGAUGAGGCCGGCAAAACGGUGACCAAGGCAUUCUGGACGCUGUACGUGGACAUAUUGUGCCUGGCCUUGGACGGUAAUGCACUUGACGCUGCUUGGUUGGCUGUCUCUGCUGCGUUGAAAGACACUCAGCUGCCGACUGCACGCUGGGAUCCAGACAGGGAGUGCGUGAUCUGCUCGCCAUUAUCUUCCGAUGCACGCUCUCUUCGACUUCAUGCUCUGCCCUCAAUCAGUACUUUUGGGGUUUUCACUACAGCUUCACCACUCAAGGCUUCGAGCAAUGCACAGACGUGGCUACUUGCCGACCCUGACGCAUUCGAGGAGCAAAAUUGCAAUCAGUUCAUGACUGUUGUGACUCAGGGAUCCGACGGAGAUGGCCAGCUCAUCGCGAAGCUGGAGAGUAGUGGCGGGAGACAGGUUGAUCGGCAGACUGUGCAGACGGCAUUGCAACUCGCGGGGGCGCAAUCUCAGGCAAUCAGGACCAUCAUCCUUGGAGGCUGAGAGAAGUUUGUGGGCAUCUUGUUCUGGGUAGCGCGGUUUUGCUGGACCAAAAGCAUCAACGCUGCUACUGCCAUCGGAGUUUCUAGAGACAUACCCCACAUAUCUCGAGCCCUGCGCGCUCGUCGCCCAUUCACAUGACGAUGGCGGGCGAAGAGAUGUUUGUUGAGGAUUGCUUGCAGCGGCACGAGAAUGGAACGCACGCAGAGUGCAAGCGACACGGCAACCUGAAGCAUACCUAUGCCAGACUUUGGCUCAAUAUGCAGAUUGCUCGAAGCGAUUGCCAGCGCACCGUAUAGAGCGGGCACAAGUGCCGGGCGUGGAGAAAUUUGGCGGCAUGAACGAGUCCGAGAUUGCAGCGCGCACACCUUCAACAGAAGCAUAAAAGUCCUCUUCCGCCUGUCUCCGGGUGCAUUGGAUCAAGCGGUUACGGGACUGGACGAUCCGCUGUUGCCAAUAAAUGCCCAUCGCCGCUUGCCCUCUGCCUCAAGUUGCGGCCGACGAAGUAGCACUCAUAGUACCGUGAAUGGAGACCAACAGCAGCGCUGCCGAAUUACUUUGGAGUCCUCUCGGGUCGAGACAUUCGGUCUAACUAUGCGCCGAACCAUUGAACGAAUUUCG